AUGGGGUUUCUGCUCUGCUUCUCGCUGCUGGUUUUGCUGGCAGCACCCUACUUGGAAGGUGGGAGCGCACAGAGGCACCGAGCUGUGCGGGCUCAACGCCCCAGAGGAGGCAGCUCUCCCAUGCCCUCAGAGACCACAGCAUCGUUCUGGGUGAGCAUAAGCCCCAAAUUAAUGACCGUGGAGUUGGGGAGUUCAGUGUGGCUCAACUGCAGCAGCAACUGCCCGCUGUUGGAGAGUCCCGUCCUCCAUACUGGACUGAGGCGCGGCCUGACGCUCAGCGGACCCAACUGGGUCUCAUUCCAGCUGCUAGAUGUAAGGACCUGGAGCUCCGACGUGCGCUGCUUCGUCACCUGCGCCAGAGUAACGCGAGGGGCCACAGCCAGGAUCAACACCUACAAAGGGCCUCAGAGCGUGAUCCUGGAGCCUCCGGUCUUAGAGGGCAGGGAGCACACUUUGCGCUGCCACGUGACACACGUGUUCCCCGUGCGCUUCCUGGUGGUGACUCUGCGGCGCAGCGGCCGGGUCAUCUACUCGGAGAGCCUGGAGCGCUUCACAGGCCUGGAUCUGGCCAACGUGACGCUGACAUACGCGUUCCCAGCUAAACCCAAUGACUACGGACAGCUCGUGACCUGCCACGCACAUCUCAAUCUUGACGGCCUGGUGGUCCACGGCAGCUCAGCACCCAUGGCGCUGUCAUUCUUGACUUGGAGCACUAGGUCCAAAGCCUUGGCUUCCACCUGCAUCGCAGCCCUUGUGGGGAUUCUUCUCGCCGUGGGGGCGGCCUGUCUGCGAAAGUACCUACUGAUGCAGUCCCGGGCUUAG